AUGGCGUCCCCGGGCGGCCCCCGCAGCCUCCUGGUCUGGCUCCUCCUCCUUCAGCGCUGGCUCAGGGAGGCCCCCGGCGGGCAGGACCCCACGGCGGACCAGCCAAGCCCUGGAGGGGGUCAGGGAGCCCCUGGGAGCCCCGGGUCCCCUGGGGCUCCGGGAGCCCCCAAGUUGGUGGAGUUUAGCCCAUCGUGUAGCCAAGUGUUCCUGAAAAUCGUGGGAGGAAAUCAGAGCGAAGAAGGGAAGUGGCCCUCGCAGGUGAGCUUGAGGGUCAGUGGCAGCGUGUGCGGAGGUUCCCUCAUCACAGCUCAGUGGGUGCUGACUGCAGCCCACUGUAUUUUAAGCUGUUACCGCUACAGUGUCAUGAUGGGAGAUCGGAGUGUCUAUGGUGAAAUCUCAGGGUUGGUGGUUCUGAUCAGCCGAGUCGUUGUUCACCUUCAGUUCUCAACACGUGGAACCUUUAAAUAUGACCUUGCUCUUCUCCGGCUCUUCUACCCUGUAAAUUUCACUGGGGUCAUCCAGCCUAUAUGCAUCCCUGAGAAGACUUUCCAGGUGGAAGCUGGGACCAGGUGCUGGGUGACUGGAUGGGGCAAGCAACAAGAAUUCGGUGGCCCAUUUGUCUCAGUCUUUCUCCGGGAGAUGGACCAAUGUAUCAUCUACUAUGAAGAAUGUAAUGGGAUGGUCCAGAAGGCUAUGCCAACAGAUAAGGAUGUAGUACUGGAAGGAAUGAUCUGUGGCUAUAAUAGUAUAGGAAAGGAUUCUUGUCAGGGCUCGAACCCAUGUCCCCUAUUCUGUCAAUAUAAUACCACAUGGGUCCAGAUAGGGAUUGUGAGCUGGGGUGUCAGCUGUGGUCGUAAAGUUUCACCUGGAGUUUAUACAGAUACUGCCUUCUACACUAAGUGGCUAGUUGCAGUGGUGAACCAGGCUACCUCUUUGUAUCCAGUGGUGCUCCUCAUCCUACUGGUGUGUCUGGUGUUGCCUCUGGGCAUCCUGGCGACCCUGUGAUCACCCUGGCCCACACCCCCUCCUGUUUCUGAGUCUCACACUAGCCCUGCCUCUGACCUCCCACUUCUACUCAAUGCCCUUUCCUCAAUUUCUUUUGGGAUCCACUGACCCUGUGGAGAUCCACAUGACAGAGAGUGGCAGCAGGAAAGGAACCCUGGAAGUUUCCUGGCCUGGUGCUCCAGGAACCUGCGUCAUCCACACCUACACCUUGGCUGUGCUCUGCCUGCCGGGAAGAAGUGGGUGAAACCACCCCAGCUGGAUGGCCAGCGACCUGCCAGGUGACGCUUUAUGAUGCUUCAUCCACAUCUUGGAGGACAUCUAGCAAAGAAGGGACAUCAUCACCGGUGAAACAGCGUUAGACCUGACACUUUUAUCAAACCAGUCCGCUUGAUGAUUGUUGGGAGAGAGUGAGGAGGCAUCACCAUGUCCACAUCUGACUCAGUUGUCUGAGUUGGGAGAAGGUCCCCUGCUGCCCGGUGCGGAUGCAUCUGAGUGUUCAGCCUCUGCCACACAAGCCCUCCUGGGGCAACUCAGUCUUGGAACCCCCUUCCCAGUGCUCCAGCGGCCACAUCCAGGCUCACCCCAAGUUGUGUUGAGGCGUCAAGGAGUGCAGAGAUUUCUGAUGUCAACUGAAUAAAUGU